GAGAGAGAGAGAGAGAGAGAGUGAGGGAGAUGCGAGGAAUGUGGCGCUAAUGAGAAAACGGAGCGCUGCCGGAACGCAACGCAGGAGCAGCCUGGAGAAGAAAAUAAAAGAAGAAAAAGGACAAGAAUAGUUCGAUUAGACGAGGAGAAAAGACAGAGAGAUUUAAAAAAAAAUCGAAGGGAAAAGUCUGAGUGCCGGCAAACACGCAUGGAAAGGAUUGUUAUCCCGCGCUGUAGGCAGAGGCGUGCGGGGAUUUUCUGACGCUCUCCAUGCGGAGAUCUGCGCUCGCGGCUUCGUCUCGGCUCGGCUGAACCAUGCGGGCGCUGCUGCAGCUUCUCCUGAGUCACGCGGUGUGGACGGCCCGGUUCUCUCAGGAGCCAGCAGAUCAGUCGGUGGUUCUAGGCCAAAGAGUGGUUCUGUCCUGCGUGGUCUUUAAUUACUCAGGCAUUGUGCAGUGGACCAAGGAUGGACUGGCUUUAGGCAUUGGAGAAGAUCUUCGAGCCUGGCCGAGGUACCGUGUGUUGCGGCAGGUGGAUGUGGGGCAGUACAAUUUGGAGAUCUCAUCAGCCGAACUCUCAGAUGACUCGCUUUAUGAGUGCCAGGCUACAGAGGCUGCCCUGCGCUCCCGCAGAGCCAAACUCACCGUGCUCAUUCCCCCUGAUGAGCCAGUUAUCGAGGGAUCCCCUGAGAUCCUUCUCACUGCAGGGGUUUCCUACAACCUGAGCUGUGUGUCGCGCGGAGCCAAACCCCCCGCGGUUAUAGAGUGGCAAAAAGACGGGCUGCCUGUAGAGGGGGCAGUUAGCACAACAGAGGUGCUACCGGAUAGGAAGCGAGUAACCACACGCAGCUUCCUACCUGUUGUCCCAGUGGACACAGACACAGGAAAGAACUUCACAUGCGUGGCCACCAACCAGGCUGCACCUCUGGGCAAACGCACCUCUAUCACCCUCAAUGUCCACCAUCCUCCUGUGGUGGUGUUAUCAAUUGAACCACGGUCUGUGCUGGAAGGAGAGAGAGUGACAUUUACCUGCCAAGCCACUGCCAACCCCCCAGUAAUGGGCUAUAAAUGGGCUAAAGGCGGAGUGGUCAUCCAGGGUGCGAGAGAGAGCGUGUUUGUUACUAAAGCCGACCACUCUUUUUUCACCGAGCCAGUUUCUUGCCUCGUGUUCAACGCUGUGGGGAGCACCAACGUCAGCAUACUGGUGGACGUCCACUUUGGUCCUAUCUUGGUGGUGGAGCCUAAGCCAGUGACAGUGGACAUGGAUUCUGAUGUCACGUUGAACUGUAAGUGGGCAGGCAACCCCCCUCUCACCCUCACAUGGACAAAGAAGGGGUCUAGCAUGGUGCUGAGUAACAAUAACCAGUUGUAUUUGAAGUCAGUGACCCAGGCUGAUGCUGGCCAAUACGUGUGUAAGGCCAUAGUGCCCAGGAUCGGAGUGGGGGAAACGGAGGUCACUCUCACCGUCAAUGGUCCCCCCAUUAUAUCCAGUGAGCCAGUCCAGUAUGCAGUAAGAGGAGAAAGAGGCGAGGUCAAGUGUUACAUCGCCAGCACUCCUGCACCGGACAAGAUUGUGUGGGCAUGGAAGGAGAACGUGUGGGAGAAAGAGAAGGGGACUCUACCAGAACGCUACACGGUGGAGCAGAGUAAGUCCUCUGAUGAAGGAGCAGUAUUGUCUACACUUACUAUCAACAAUGUCAUCGAGUCUGAUUUCCAGUCCACCUACAACUGCACGGCCUGGAAUUCAUUCGGCCCAGGGACCAUGAUCAUCACUCUGGAAGAAACAGAAAUUGUCCCAGUCGGUAUCAUUGCAGGCAGUACUGUAGGCUGCUCCAUUCUGCUAGUGCUCUGUGUCCUGGCAUUAGCUCUGUUCCUGUAUCGUCAGCGGAAAGGAAGUCGGCGCGGGGUCACACUCGGUAAGCCAGACAUCAAGGUGGAGACAAUAAAUAAAGAAACCCACAGUCUAGAGGAGGACUCAGCCAGCGUCUCCACAGCAAGCCGCAUGGUCAAGGCUAUGUACUCAUUCUUGCCCUCUGUGACCCUUUCUCCCUCCUCUCAGCCUUUUAAAGAUGACAUUGAUAUCAAACCGGAUCUGCGCAGUGACACCCUGGAUACGCGUCAGGACUAUGAGAUCAAGGACCCGACAAACGGCUAUUACAAUGUGCGCGCCUCCACCCUCGACGAGGGCCGCCCUGCCUCCCGCUCCAUGCACUACUCAGACUAUCGGACCUCUACAACACCAGGCAGCGCUACAACUGUCAGUGGCAGCUCAGGCACCGGAGCCACGGCAGGUCCCGGGACACCGAGCAGCCUGGCUCCUGGGUCACGAGCGGGCUGCUACGACCCUCGACCUCCUUCCAGACUCAGCUACGCCCAAUUCAACACCUUCAGCAGACCGAGUCAGUCUCAGCAGCCUCCGCCCAGCUCCGGGUCUCAGACGGGUGACUUUCCAGCUGAAUGCAGCCUCCUAGACACGACACCACAGUUACCGUAUGAGAACUACAGCUACCCGUCGCACUACCCCACGUAUCGCCUAGGCUUCGCCCCUCCCAGCCUCGCUCCGUUAGAAAGCGGCGCGGCGUACGAGAUGUACAGCGUGGGGCCGGGCGUAAACGUCGGAGGCACCGCUGCGACCCCGGAGAGCGGACUCGGGAAGUACGGUAGCUCCACGCGCUUUUCCUACACCUCGCAGCAUUCCGACUAUUCCCACCGGCACACACAGAGGAUGCAGACACACGUCUGAAGGAGACGUAUGAUGCCACGCUGCGCUGCUCUUCCUCACUUCGGCGCACACACUUGACCACAUGCACACAGACAAACACAGGAGGAAGUAGUAAA